CUCGGCCGGCCGGGGCUCCUCCGAGUGCAUGGGCGCGGGCCGGACGGGCCCUGGGCGCUGAGCGGCCGCGCCGCCUCCGCUCUCCGCGCCAUGGAGGGUGCCGAGCCCCGCGCGCGGCCCGAGCGCCUGGCCGAGGCCGAGGCGCGGGCGCCCGACGGCGGGCGCUUGGUGGAGGUGCAGCUGAGCGGCGGCGCCCCGUGGGGCUUCACCCUAAAGGGCGGCCGCGAGCACGGCGAGCCGCUGGUCAUCACCAAGAUUGAAGAAGGAAGUAAAGCUGCGGCAGUGGACAAGUUACUGGCUGGGGACGAGAUCGUCGGCAUCAACGACAUCGGUCUCUCAGGGUUUAGACAGGAAGCAAUUUGCCUGGUGAAGGGCUCUCAUAAAACCCUGAAGCUGGUAGUGAAAAGGAAGAAUGAGGUGACCUGGAGGCCUCACUCCUGGCAUGCCACCAAGUUCUGCGAUAGCCACCCCGAGUCGUCAGCAUCGCCGUUCCCCUCUGCCAGUUCCUGCCCUUCUUGGCACAGCCAACACCACGCCAGUUCUUCAUCUCAUGACCUGUCGGGCACGUGGGAGCACUCAAAUCUGCAGCGUACCUCUGACCAUUUUAGCUCGCUCGGGAGCGUCGACAGCCUGGACCAGCCUUCCCAGCCCUGCCCCUCCGGACGCCUGUCCGCCGCCAAGUCCAACAGCAGCAUCGACCACCUGGGCGGCCAGAGCAAGCGGGACUCGGCUUACGGCUCAUUCUCCACCAGCUGCAGCACUCCUGACCACACGUUGCCCAAGGCUGAUGCCUCCUCUGCAGAGAACAUCCUCUACAAAGUGGGCCUGUGGGAGGUCUCCAAGCCGGACAGCAGCCGGAAGGGCCAGGCUGCCAGCGAUCCUCAGGGCCUGGAAGAGAGGCUCGGGUCUUUCCCGGCCCGGGUCCCCUGUGACAGCAGCAAAAGCCCCAGGCCAGAAGACAGUGCUGAGGCCAAGCUGGCCACCUCCGGGAGGUCAAAUUUUGGGCCCGUCUGGUAUGUUCCUGAUAAGAAAAAAGCACCUUCGUCCCCUCCUCCGCCCCCUCCCCCGCUCCGCAGUGACAGCUUCGCGGCCACCAAGAGCCACGAGAAGGCCCAGGGCCCUCCAUCCUCAGAGGCGGCCAGCGUGCAGCACUUUCUGGGCCUGAGCCGCGCCCAGCCUCGCAGUGACUGGAGAGCAGAAGCCGCGGACCAGCCGUGGAGGCUGGCGCGUCCCAGCAGUGGGAGAAGAGCCGGGAGCUCAGGCUGUGCACCGGACGUCCCCCUGGACGGCGGGCUGCUGCCCUCUGAGCACAGGGCAGGCGGCCCCCCAGGGGCCCCCGGCCGGCUGCAGGCCUCUCUGUCCAGCACGGAUGUGCGUUUCCCGCAGCCUUCCUACGGCAGCCAGCACCCCCACCACGACCGUGCCGAGAGCCCCUUCUGUCCCGGGGGCCCCACGGCCGCCACGUCACUGAGGGAACAGCCCCGCGUGGCCAUCCCGGGGGGCCGCCAGGAGCCGUCUGCUGACCGUCGCCAGGACGACAGCCCCGCUCAGGUCAGGUGGCCCGGUGCCACCAGCCAGAAGGGGGACAGCGGUGGGCAGGGCUGCUACUACUGUGUGGCGAGCAGACAGUGCCCUCAGGAGAGCACACCGGCAGCGCAACUCCACGAGUGGUCCUGGCGUCCUGACGUGGCUCCAGGCGCCCACGACUCCCCCACCCCACAGCCGCCGGGCCAGGAACCCCGGUGUUCCCUGCCGCAGCACGAGCAGGCCCCGGGCCCCCACGAGAGAGCCCGGGCAGACCCGCUGGACCGAGGAGCAGAGGGCCGCCCCGCAGGAAGCGAGGACCCACCACGAGCCAGCCGCGUGGAGAAGAGCGGUCUGAAGAAGCCCGCAGAUGGCUUCGCGUGGGCCGACGGAGAGAGCGGCAAGAUCUCUCGUCACAAGACGCCUAUGUUGCACUCACUGACCCAGGAGGGGACGCGCCGGCCCGAGAAUGGCCCAGAUGCGGGUACGGAGAGGCCGCCACCGUUUGACGCCCAGGUGGGCAAAGCGACACGGAGGAGCGACCGGUUUGCCACCACCCUGAGGAACGAGAUCCAGAUGCGACGAGCCAAGCUGCAGAAAAGCAAAAGCACGGUGACGCUGACCGGGGCGGGGGAAGCCGAGGAAGAGGCCGUCGGCUGGAGGGCGGAGCACGGAGGUGCCACCAGCCCCACCCCAGAAGGGUCCUUCACGGGCACCUACAGAGACCACGUGAAGGAGGCCCAGGCCCGGGUCCUGCGGGCCACGUCGUUUAAGCGCCGUGAUUUAGACCCCAGCCCAGCUGAUCAUUAUGCAGGGCCAGAGCAGCGGGCUGAGGACCACAGCACAGAUCUGGACCCCGUCCCCCGUGUCUGGGAGGGGGGCCUGGCCAAGCCGCCCCCGUCUGGAGCGGCCGUGCCGCACGUUCCCCGCAUUGGAGGCCGGAAACGGUUCACGCUGGAGCAGAAACUGAAAUCCUACUCUGAACCGGAGAAAAUGAACGAGGUGGGGCUCUCAGGGGAUGAUCGCCCUCACCAGCGCCCUGGGACGUCCGAGGAGACCGUGGGCACGUUCGCCGACAGGUGGAAGUUCUUUGAGGAAACGAGCAAACCCAUUCACCAGAGACCUGGCCAGAGGCAAGCACUCUGUGCAUUCCCUAAGGAGAAGCUGGAGAGGCCACCGACAGCGGGCCAUGGGUACGAGAGUGCACAGCCUUGGUUCCAGAAGAGGGCCCGCACUACCUCCUUUGGAGGAAACCCCAGUGGGUGCAGAAAAGUGGGGAAGGUAGGAAAGCUGGAACCGCCUGAGAGGCUUGGGACCUUUGCGGAGUAUCAAGCCUCUUGGCGGGAACAGAGGACAGCUCUUGAAGCCAGGAGUUCCGGGAGGUAUCACUCAGCCGACGACAUCUUGGACGCGGGUCUGGAGCAGCACGAGAGGCCGCAGUACAUUCAUGGAAGGUCCCGGUCGUCGCCGUCCACAGACCUGUACACACAGGAAGCUGCCAUCGAACCCCAGCGGCAAGUGGAGGACCCUGGCGAGCACAGAGAACUUUCCUGCGCAGUCUGGGCCGAGGAGGGACAUCCCCACCCGAGACAAGCAGAUGCCCAGGGUCCAGAAGCCUUUACGACAGCACAGCAGGACUCUCAGAAGCCGUCCCAGCUCUCUAAGCCACCUCCCGCCUGGGAAGCUCCAGAGGUGCCCCAGGAGGCCCGCAGCCGAGCGGGGACCCUACCUCGAGAUUACAGAUACCCAGAGGAAACGCUUGGCCCAGGACCACACGUGCCGAGCGCCCCCUCGGCCCUGCACACUUGGGGGCAGGACCCAAGGCCCGUGAACACUGCACCGCUCCCCAAGAAGCCGGCCCCACAGAGGCCACCACCACCCAAACGUGAACCCAGGCAACUCAAGGGCCUGGCCGGUGGCACACCUGGGGCUCCUCACCUAGGUGCCCCCAGCAGGCCCCUUUCCCCCCAGUCCCCGGAGGCCCUGGAGGCGUGUGUGGACCGCCUGUCCCUGUCCCACAGCCCCUGUGCCUUGGUGGAGAAACUGAGCAGUGCGCAGCCCAAAGACGGUGUGAGGGCCUCUGGCGAGCACGGCAAGCGGCAUGUAGAUGAGCACACAGCCUGCCCUAAGCGUGAGGCCCUGCUCCCUUCCAAGUUCCGGCCCCUGCAGACGUCCGCCAUGGAGACCUCUCGCUCCCCUUCUCCUCAGUUCGCUCCGCAGAAGCUGACAGACAAACCUCCCCUGCUGAUCCAGGAGGAGAAUUCUGCAAGAAUUGAGCGGGUGAUGGACAACAACACCACGGUGAAGAUGGUGCCCAUCAAGAUCGUGCACUCGGAGAGCCAGCCUGAGAAGGAGAGCCGCCAGGGCCUGACCCGCACCGCCGAGCUGCCCGCACUGCCCAGCGGGCUGGAGAAAGACCAGAUCAAGACGCUCAGCACGUCCGAGCAGUCCUACUCGCGCUUCUGCCUGUACUCCCGCCAGGGUGCCGAGCCUGAGCCCCAGCGCCCCAGUGCCCCAGCGCCCGGCACCAAGGACGGCGGGGCCUCUCCUCCCGGCCUCAGCUACGUGAAGGCCAAGGAGAGGACAGCCGAAGACCUGAAGUCGGAAGAGCUGGCCCGGGAGAUUGUGGGCAAGGACAGGUCCCUGGCCGAUAUCCUGGACCCCAGUGUGAAGAUCAGAACCACCAUGGACCUCAUGGAGGGCAUCUUCCCCAAAGACGAGCACCUGCUGGAAGAAGCUCAGCAGCGCCGGAAGCUGCUCCCCAAAGUCCCGUCUCCGAGAAGCACGGAGGAGAAGAGAGAGGAGCCGGCCGUGCCCGUGGCCAUGUCCCUCGCCACCAACUCGACCUACUACAGCACGUCGGCCCCCAAGGCAGAGCUGCUGAUUAAGAUGAAGGACCUGCAGCAGCAGCAGGACCCAGAGGACGACUCGGGGAGUGACUUGGACCACGACCUGUCAGUGAAGAAGCAGGAGCUCAUCGAGAGCAUCAGUCGCAAGCUGCAGGUGCUUCGGGAGGCCCGGGAGAGCCUGCUGGAGGACAUCCAGGCCAACAGUGCACUUGGGGAUGAGGUGGAGGCCAUUGCCAAAGAUGUCUGCAAACCCAAUGAGUUUGACAAGUUCCGGAUGUUCAUUGGGGACCUGGACAAAGUGGUGAACCUUCUGCUGUCGCUGUCCGGCCGCCUGGCCCGCGUGGAAAAUGCCCUCAAUAAUUUGGACGACAGUACUUCUCCUGGUGACCGGCAGUCGCUGCUCGAGAAGCAGCGGGUGCUCAUCCAACAGCACGAGGACGCCAAGGAACUGAAGGAGAACCUGGACCGCCGCGAGCGCAUCGUGUUCGACAUCCUGGCCAGCUACCUCAGCGAGGAGAGCCUGGCAGACUAUGAGCAUUUUGUGAAGAUGAAGUCCGCCCUCAUCAUCGAGCAGCGGGAACUGGAAGAUAAGAUCCACCUGGGCGAAGAGCAGCUGAAGUGCUUGUUCGACAGCCUUCAGCCCGAAAGAGGCAAAUAAGAGGGGCCCUCCCCGGCAGGGGCAGAGACUGGCCCUGGGAGCUCCGUUCCUGAGGAUGCAAGUAGAAACCCCAGCCUGUAUUUAUAAUCUCCUGUAGCGCAAAUCCU